CUAAAAAGAAGUGAGAUGGCAGACGGAAUGUGUUUUACCGCGUCUUAGCGUCAAUGGAUAUAAAGAUGAAGAUUAGGCAGUUUGAAGACUUCAUUGAUAUUUCUGAAGGGCCUAGCAAUCGAAGACCAUACCAUAUCCUUGCACCAUGACAGUAACGGAGAAAAAGCAAGCUUUAUCCGUCGGACAGCGCUUUGAUCCAAUUGUUGUCCGUGGCAAUUCCUUCUCCCUCAAUGGUUCAAACGUUUCUUAUCGCUUCCAUGUGGACAGCAGCACCGGAGAUCUGCUCUUGGACCAUUUCGGUGGCCGCGUGACCGAGGAUCCCUUAUCACUGAGCGACCCCAAUCAUACUGGCUGGGCACUUGAGGAACACCUUCGACGUGAAUUCCCUGAUAAUGGGCGUGGUGAUUUCAGGGUGCCAGCUAUGCGCAUCAGACACACCGACUCCCACUCUCUUAGCAAGUUUGAGUACAAGUCUUACACCAUAGUCGAUGGGAAGCCGGCACUGCAGGGUUUGCCGUCAACGUUCUCCAAUAACGGUGAUGCCGAAACACUAGUGAUUCAUAUGUUUGACAGCAGGAGCUGCAUCAGGGCGGAUUUAUGCUAUACAAUCUUCCCGGAGAAUGACGCGAUUGUUAGAAGUGUCAAGCUAUCUAAUGAGAGCGACGAGACAGUUGUCAUCGACAAAUUGGCUAGCUUGAGCGUCGAUUUUCCCUUCGAUGAUUAUGAUAUGAUACAGCUGCGAGGUGAAUGGUUUCGAGAAUGCACUAGGGAUCGCCGCAAAGUGGAAUAUGGCACGCAAGGAUUUGGAAACUCGACCGGAUUUUCAUCGCAUCAUCACAAUCCGUUUCUGGGCAUCGUUUCACAAAGUACGACUGAGUUUCAGGGGACUGCCUGGGGAUUCUCUUUGGUAUAUUCAGGAUCGUUUAAGGCUGAGGUCGAGAGAGCUCCUCAGGGUCUUUCUCGGGUUCAGCUUGGAGUGAAUCCGAGUCACUUGUCUUGGAAAUUGGGCAAAGGUGAAUCCUUUACUACUCCUGAGUGCGUCGCCGUGUUUUCAGACUGUGGAGUCGGAGAUAUGUCGCGAAAGUUUCACCGCCUAUACCGACAUAAUCUCAUUACCAGCAAGUUUGUCGACGAACCACGCCCAGUUCUUCUUAACGGCUGGGAGAGCAUUUAUUUCAAUUUUGACCAGAACAGAAUCCUUGAGCUUGCUCAAGAAACUGCUAAGCUCGGUGCAAAGCUCUUUGUGAUGGAUGAUGGCUGGUUCGGGGUCAAGUAUCCUCGUGUUAACGACAUGGCUGGUCUGGGAGAUUGGGAGCCUAAUCCGGACCGAUUUCCCGAUGGAUUGAAGGCUCUUGUUGAUAAAGUGACUGAUAUCCAGAGCAACGCUUUGCCAGGUCAAGAGUCUUCUAAACUGAAGUUUGGAAUCUGGGUAGAGCCUGAGAUGGUUAGUCCUAAAUCAGUGCUCUACCAUGAGCAUCCUGAUUGGGCCUUGUCUGCCGACGAUUAUCCUCGUACCGAGUGUCGGAAUCAGCUGAUCCUCAAUCUGGCGCUUACAGAUGUUCAAGAUUAUAUCAUUAAUGCUAUAUCGAAGCUUUUACGUUCGGCGUCUAUUUUUUACGUUAAAUGGGAUCUUAAUCGAGGCAUUCAUGAGAGUCCAACUCCAGACCAUCACUCAUACAUUCUUGGGUUAUACCGAGUUCUUCAUGAACUUACCACGCGCUUCCCUGAUGUGCUUUUUGAGGGCUGUGGGUCAGGUGGUGGUCGAUUUGAUCCUGGCAUGCUCCACUACUUUCCGCAAAUCUGGACUUCUGACUGCAAUGACGCAUUAGACCGAAUCUCAAUUCAGUUGGGUACCUCGGUAGUUUAUCCGGCUUCUACUAUGGGCGCACAUAUCUCUGUGGUGCCUAAUGAAGUAACUCUGCGCACGACGCCGAUCAAAUUUCGAGCUCACGUUGCAAUGAUGGGUGGUUCGUUCGGGCUUGAGUUGGAUCCUGUUCAUAUGCCAGAAGAUGACAAAGCUGAAGUUCCUGGAUUGAUUGCACUGGCUGAAAAAAUCAAUCCGAUUGUCAUCAGAGGCGACAUGUAUCGCCUCAAUCUUCCGGGUGAAUCGAACUAUCCGUCUGUUUUGUUCAUAUCGGAUGAUUCCUCCCAGCUUGUCUUGUUUGUGUUCCAGAUUCGCGCCACGUCGGCUCAUAACUUCCCUAGAAUCCGACUGCAGGGACUACAGCCUUCAUCGCUGUAUAUGGUUGAUGGUGAAAAGGUCUAUUCUGGUUUGACAUUAAUGAACGGUGGUGUGCAGUAUAGACUGAACGGGGACUGCGACAGUCGAGUGGUUUUCAUCGAGCGAUUGUGAAUAUUCUUAACUGUGAUUAUAAUUUACGUGAGCGAUUCAUCUUCAAUACACUCAUAAAUA